AUGCGAAUUUGUUUGAUAUUCUUGUUUGCAGUUGGGGUGUGCUUUACCCUAGCCACACCAACAGAAGAACAUUCUUUAAUCCGACAGCGAAGGCAGGUGGAAGUCUUUGGUAAUAUUAGGAAACUAAUUGAAGACCUCAUUACAAAUUUGCGCGCUGCUGCCAACGAUGCCUUAGAAGCGGUGAAGACCUUCGAGUAUGGCCUAGUAGAGCAGGCCAAGUUAGUUCGCGAGAAGAUUAUCGAAGAUUUGCAAAAACUGAGUGAUCGUGUCACUCAGACUAUACAAGGAGUUGUCGAUAAAAUAACUGGUUCUGGAGCAGCAGUCAAAGAGUGUGUGGAUUCACACCGCAAUGAUGCAGCCGCUCUUUUUAACGACACGCUAGCAAAAACUAUGGACUGCGCAGACGAACGUAUCGCAGAGAUCAGCAUUCAGAUUCAAAAUCUGAAGAACUACUCCGAAGAAGCGCUAGCCUUCGCGGACACUGCAUUAAUUGAUAUGCAAAAAUGCAUCAACGAUAAUCCUGGGAAAAUUUUUGACGUGGGAGCUUGUCUCGGCAGUGUAGCUUUUAAAACUGAGGCUAGAGGUGCAGUUUUCGUCGCCCAAAGCGCCAUAUCGAUUGCUCGUCUAAACCUGGCUUUGGCCAUCGUACCAGCAGCACUUGAGGUUUGCGUGGGAACUCAUCUCGUCUCCGCAGGGUUAGUAACCACCAAAAUUGUCAUGGAAAUAGGAAGCUGCUCAGCGUCAUCUGUAUUCAACAAUAUCAUCGGCAACACCGUUAAUUAUUGA